AUGUUAGGUUCAAGACGAAUACCUUCGCCUACUUUCUGGACUUUAUUCUCACAUCCAAGUCAUUUACUAUUCUUAUCUACUAAUAUUGGUCUAUUAAUCCAUCUUCGAUGUUAUUCCAUGUUCAGACUGAAUGUUAAUCAAGAAUUUGAUGAUGAAGAAGAGUUAUCAGAUGAACAAGCCCAAUCCCAAUUACAACAAGAUCAACAUGUAUAUACUCACUUUGAUGAUAAAAUAGUGAACGACAAACGAAAAGCAAGAACUAUUAACAACUUCCCCCAUAAUAUUGAAGGAGUAAGAGAAUCAAAACAAAUAGCUGAUAAUUUUUUGCAACAUAGACUGAAAAUUGUAUCCAUAUUUCAAGAUAAUCCAGAUAAUAUAGAUGCAUUGUUUCAAGAUCAUCAUCAUUAUUAUUCUGAUGUCAAUGCUAAUGAUGGCGAUAAUGAAAUACUGUCAAUAACAAGUUAUGGUCAAAUACCUCAACAUUUACAGAUUGAAAAUUUGAUUUAUAAUGAUAUUGAUAUCAAAAGUUCUUUAUUAUUAUUAUCAACAUCAUUAGUUAAUGCAGUAUUGGUGGAAUUAAAUCUUGAUAAAUUAUUAUUACAACAAGGGGAUGAAUCAAUGAUUAUUGAUGAUAAAAUUAUAAAUGAAAUCAAAGAUCCCUUCAAACAACAAAGUAUUUUGAAAAUAUUAUCAACCAUAUAUGAUAAAGAUGUAUAUGGUACUCCAAAGAGUUUUAAAGAUUUCUUUGCUAACUUAGAUAAAGAAGAAGUGACCAAGUUCUUGAGUCAAUUGAAAGUAAGUGAUUCAUUUAAUUCGAUUGAAACUUAUCGAAAGAAUUUCUUAUACUUUAAGAGUUCACAAUUCUUGAAUUACAACGAUAAUAAUGAUAAUAUAAAGUUCAUGGAAUCAAGAACAAAUUCAAUAAAAUUCUACAAUAACGACAUCAAUAACGAUGAAUAUAUUAAAAAGUUUGAUAAUCAAUUCGAUCAUUAUAGUGGUGAUAGAAAUCAUUUGAAUUUGGCUCUUGGAAUCUCUUCUCAUUUAAUAACUUGUUCGAAACAUAUCCCAAAUUAUCAAAUCUUUAAGUAUUUAUUGGAUAAGUUCGAUACCUUGAAAUUGCAUAAUUAUGAAUCAUUAGUUUACAAGAGUUUAUUCCAAUUCAAACAUCAAUCGUUGGUAUUAUCCAGUUCAUCAUCUCCAUCAAUGGUUGCUUUACAUUUUCAACAUCUUCUUCAGAGCAAUGCAUCUAUCUUGUCAAGUUUAAUCAAGUAUCAAGUCAACAGACGUGAAUUGACAACCUUUAAACAGUUACUAUCAUUCUUAAACUUCAAAGAUAUAUCCCAUUUUGAAAGACUCCUUAAUCAAACUAAGUUUCAACCAUUAAUUUCCAAAUCAAUGUAUUAUAAAACCAAUCUCAAUUUAAAGGAAUUGAAUAACAACAUCGCAUUCCCCAAACCAUUGUAUUUAUUGCCUCAAGAUAUUUAUGAUAUUAUGAAUUCAUGUAUUGAAUUUAAACAAUUUCAAUAUUUAGAUUCAUUAUUUAAUAAAUUGAUCAUUCAUUCCAUCAAUGAUGAAUCUCAUAAGAUUACGUUAAACCCCGAUGAUUCAAAUAAAGACUUCUUACUUUUGAAUUCAACUUUAUCGAUUGAAGAAAUCCAUUCAAAGAUGUUUAAUGAUAAAUUAUUUGAAAUUUUAAUUCGUUCAUCAAGAUUAUCUCUGGAUUUAGGUAGAUUAAUGUGGAUUUUACCUCAUUUAGAUCAAUUUUUAAAUGAUUACGUUAAGAGGCAACCAAUGUUGAAUAAUCCUGCAUUGAUUAAAGAGAUUUAUUUAUCGUUAAAACAAUUUGGUAUAGAAGGUAAGAUAUAUUCUUACCAUGAGUUAUUAAACUUUAAACAAUUUGAAUAA